UUGUCUUUUUCAAAUACACUACAACUGUGCCCUCGGUUCGCUUCUGACACGAUAAAUAAAUAAACCUCCUGAGAGGACUAAACAUGACCAAUUAGAAUUACAAUUUUAAAUUGUUGCAUUAUGAGGUUAAAGAGAGCCAGCUAUCUUCCCAACUGCAAAUGCGGCUAUAACUCUCUAGGCCCCAAUCUCCACACUCAGGAUUUGGCAGUUUCUUGCAGCUGUCCUACCCAGCUGUGAAAACAUCUGGAUGAUAAAUGACCAUGGCACCUCCCCCAUCACCCACUUGUAAAACCGAGGAUCCCAUAGGUCAGGAUCAAUCAGGAAACUUUGGAAUCAGGGUGUUAAUUAGGCAAUUAGGAGGAUUCAAGUGGUGGGCACAGAAAGAGGCUCGGCGGACUCUCUUAAUGAAGUCUGCAAUGGAGUUGGGGAGCCUGGCAUAGGGAGGGGGUGGCCCACAACUGGCAUAUUCAGAUCUCCGAGGAUUGGACUGAUAUGCAAUGUCUCGGGCACGGAAGGCAACCACUUGUAUGAGGGCACUCAGACUAGGGGUGAAGCAGGCGGAAGUUGGGUGAAAUAGAGGGAUAUUGCUAGAAAUAGCUAGAAGGUGAGUAAGGAUAGGACAUCCUGGGACUGGGAAGAUAUGCUACUCAUCUCCUCCAACUCCCCUGCCUUCAGCCCCAAACCCCUCCCCUCCAGAGGUGCGAAUGUGCCAUUUGGGGUCUCACUUCAAAGAGCUUUCGCGGAAUCAUAAAUACAGGCCCAGUCAGGGGCUCCUCAGGAAGAGAGGGGAGCUCGGGGUGGAUGCUUCCCAGACUUGCUCACAAGAUAGAACCAAGGAAACCCAGCUCUUAACCAGCUCAGACCCUUUCUUUCCCUUUCCCUACCCCAAGAAACCAUAUUCUAUUCUUCCCCAGAGACCCUAUAGUCCUGGUCUCGUUCUUCUAACCCCUAGAUCUUCCUCCUUGCCUACAAAAGGCAGAAGCUUGAGCUUCCUGUUUCAGCUCACUUCCCUCACCUGCUCUAAUCCAAUAGGAUCUCCAGUCCAAAAAAUCCAAGAGUUCUGGCUCUUGGUUUCCUUCAGCAUCCCAUGUAUCACCCCUCAGAGAUGUUCUCACAGUAUGGAGGCUCUUACCCCCUGCGGCCUCCCCCACCUCCUGGGACUGGGUACCCCCAGAGUCAGGCACCCCAGUAUGAAGCCUUCAGAUACCCAGAUCUUGAUGCUGCCCCGAAGCUGGAUAGCUUCUUCCCUGCCUUGGAACCUCCUGGCCGCCUCUUGCCCCCAGGUCCUGCCCACCCUUAUGGGUCCGGCCAGGCUCUCCCGUCUGGUCCCCCACCAACACCAUGCCUACCCCCCGGAAUACGGAUGAGCUUGGAGAAUGGUGAGCUUUGGAAGCGUUUCAGUAGCAUUGGCACAGAGAUGAUCAUCACCAAAGCAGGCAGGCGGAUGUUUCCACAGCUGAAAGUUUCAGUGACAGGAUUGGAUCCUGAGGCCAAGUACCUACUUCUAGUGGAUGUGGUCCCCGUAGGUGGCUCCCGUUACAAGUGGCAAGGCAAGCGGUGGGAGGCCAGUGGCAAAGCUGAAUUACCUCCUCCCGACCGUGUCUACAUCCACCCUGAUUCGCCUGCACCAGGUGCCCACUGGAUGCGUCAGCCCAUAUCCUUCCACCGGCUCAAGCUCACCAACAACACACUGGAUCCCCAUGGACAUCUAAUUGUUCACUCCAUGCACCGGUAUCAGCCGCGGGUUCAUGUGGUUGGAGCUGGCGGGCGCCGAGGAGCUGGGGGCGGCUGUGCUUCCUUCACCUUUCCCGAGACCCAGUUUCUGACGGUCACAGCCUACCAGAAUCCACAGAUCACCCAAAUGAAGAUUGAGAGCAAUCCUUUUGCAAAAGGCUUCCGGGAGAAUGGGAUGAAUAGCAAAAGGGAACGUGAAGCGCGAAUCAAGAGGAAGAUGAAAGCAAAUGAAUGUGAGGCCAAUGUGGUAGAAAAUGAGAGCAAGAAAGGCCCUUGCGAUUCCACCCUGACGGAGGAGGCACCUCUGGAGUCUCAGCAACCCCCUGGGCUUUCACAACCUUCCUGCUCCUUCUACCCACCGGCAGGGACCAAUCCCAGUGGUGCCGAGGCUUACCUGCAACACCCAGCUGCAUUCCAUGGUUUACGGGGGACAUCAUCACCCUACAACAGCCCAAGCCAAGAAAUGGCAGCUCCUCCAUCUUCUCCCGCUGCCAAAUCGCCUCCUGAGCAAUCAGAUUUCAGAGCAAUGCUCCCAACAAGUUGGAACGGCCUAGAUAUCAUUCCUUUUCUUGGAGGGACCGAACCACCAGAUGCCGCCUCCUUUCCACCUUUUAAAUUCAGCUUUGCACCCUACCCACCUCCCCCACAUGUCUAUGGCUCGGCUUCUGGAUAUCCUGGCUCUCAGCCCCCCAUGCUCUAACACUUGUUCCUCCACAAAAACCUGGAAUCCUGCCUGCCAGGUAUUGUCUGCAAUGUUUUGUAGUGUUUUCUCAUUUCUUUAUUAUUGUUCAUAUGUGCUGGGUAGCAGUAAAUGUAUUUGUAUCUUGCUUUUCUUCUAAUUAAAUCCCUGGAAGACUAA